AGGCGCGGGCCCGCCCCGGCCCGGCAGCGGGAGGUUGAAGCGCUGAGGAGAGCCGGGGACGGAAUGGCGGUUCCGGCAGGUUCUUUCCUCUUUCGCCCUGGUCCUGCGGUGUUUGUGCUCGCCUAGGGGUUUCUAUUCGCUCCUCAGCCCUGCAGCUGGAGAGGAAUGUUGACUUCUAAGAUAAAUGAGGACCUCCAUCUUUUGGUAUCGAGCCAGGAAGACCAGGGUUGCUGGGCUAUUAAGGCUUUGGCAUAGAGAAGCUUUGGCAGUUUUCAUAUGUGAAGAGGCAGCCCCUUGUGCCAGCCCUCUGUUGCCUAGUUUUGGUUUCCAGGAUUUUAUUCUUGAGAGGCUUCUGUUUCAAAACUCGUAAUUGCAAUUUGCAGAGGCAGCUAUUCAUCUCGACAUGGAAGAGUCAGUGCUGGAUAAAUUGCCAACCUUGUGCAGUACUCCAAUGGAUUCUGGGGCACCACCUCCACAGGGGACUAGUUCAGGGAAACAGCAAAUGAGUGCAGCUCUGAGGGAGCGAUUAAGGAAAACAAGACGUUCAUUUAAUGCCAGUUUUACAGUAGCAAAGCGGCUCAAAACAGACACUGAAGAAAAAGACACUGCUGAUGCUGCCACGGGGUGCUUGCCAGAGACAAGCACAGACUGUUCCAGAUUACAAGAUGGUUCUGAAAACCUGGAAGGAAAUGGCACUGGACACACAUGUUUCAAAAGUCCCUCACAGGAGAGUGAUCCCUGUGGAUCAGCAGAGAAUUCAGAUGUGCUACAGGUUGAUCUUGGUCAGCCACAGUCCCUUGAAGAAAAAGUGAAGCUGGAGAAACAAGUGCAAGAGAAGGAAGAGCUACUGCGUAGGCUCAAACUGGUGAAGAUGUAUCGAUCCAAGAACAACCUGUCUGAGCUGCAGGCUUUGAUAGUGAAGUGGAGAAGUAGCACUCAGCUGAUGCUGUAUGAGCUGCAGUCGGCCUUUUCUGCAGAUGGCAAGAAAGUGAGUCUCACUCAGCUCAUCGACACUUUUGGGUUAGAAGAUCAGUUACUGCACUACAGCAGAACAGAAGAAGAUUUUGUAGAUGCAUAAUCUACAGCUGCAGAGCUUUCUUUACACAGACACAAAAGCAGAAAAGAUUGAAUAAAUUCUGAUUGUGUCAGAAGUGUUGGUCAGACAAAGGACUUUAUGCUUUGGGGUUAGGAGGUUUCCUCCAGAGAUAGUUGUAAAGCUGUGUGCAUACAUACAGUAGAUUUUUUUUACAGUAUAUUUUUUCUUAAUAGAAAAAAUAGACUGGUGAUAUUUUGGAGAAUCUGGCUUAAUGACUUGGUCAGUGAAUUUUUAUUUAAUAAAAAUAAAAUUAAGUCAUAGUUUAACGGGUAGAAAGCAGUCAAUUUUUUUAUUAGCUUCUGCAUGGUUACUUGUUAUGAAAUAACUCAAAUUGUCAAUUCUGUUCAUGUUCAGAUGGGGACAAGUUCAGUUUGUUUAUAGAUGCACCCAUUUUACAUGUCUUCCUGGUGCCAGUCAGCCAAUGAAGGCUAAUGACAGCAUUUUGUGAGUUAAGUGAAGAUUAACUGAUUUUCAUGAUGGUAAUAUUCCAGAGCUGAGAUAAGAUGUUUUCACUAGCUUUAACUCCUUCUGAGAGAAAUGUGUCAUAAUGCAGUUGCUUUCAGGUUCUGGUCCAGACAGUCUCUUCAGAGCUGCUGUCUCAUAAGCAUUCUGCCACAGCCUGAGGUAACAGAAGGGAAGGCAAGAAAAUUGAAACCAACUUUCUAUUCUACUACAUCUGAGAGCCAAAGUGUUUUCUUUCUUCAAAUAAAUAAGAAAAACAAGGCCUUGUUUAAUGGGAUUGCUUCAAAUACAGCAUCAUAAAGCUGAAUAAAUCUUUACAAUUCCA